CCGCGGCCGUUGCGCUGCGCCGGGCGGAGCUGGCCGGGGCUCCCCCUCCGCUCCCCCUCCGCCCCGCCGGGGCUGCGCUGAGGGACAUGGAGGGGCGGCCGGCAGCCCCCGGGCCCUACCGAGCCACCAAGCUGUGGAAUGAAAUUACAAAAUACUUCCGAGCAGGGAUGCCACUGAGGAAACACAGGCAACACUUCAAAAAGCAUGGAAGCUGUUUUACUGCCUCAGAAGCUGUGGACUGGCUCCAUGAAGUACUAAGGAACAACAGUAACUUUGGUCCUGAAGUGACUAGGCAGCAGACUGUCCAGUUAUUAAGAAAGUUUCUCAAGAAUCAUGUCAUUGAAGAUAUAAAAGGGAGAUGGGGAGCUGAAAAUUUAGAAGACAAUGGUGCACUUUACAGAUUUCCUUCAGCAUCUCCAGUCAAAUCUCUACCAAGCUUGUGUCCACCAAAAGAGAACUUGGGAAACUUCUCUAGAGACAAGGAAAGACUUCUUAAAUUGCCACACUUAUCCAGGAGACCUUUCAAAAAAAUAGAGUUGCUGCAGUCUCUGGAAAACACAGGGAAACCAAUCCCAGAUAUAACAGAGGAAAAGAAAGCAGAUAAGCUGCACAGGAAUGAAAUAAGCCAGGAAUAUGUGGAAGAAACUUGGAGAAAUGUCAUUCUAAUACAUUUACAAACCAUUUUAGGUCUCCCAUCUUUGGAAGGUGUUUUGCAGCCAACACAGAUCGUUCCUGAGUACAUUAUAUACAACAUGACCAACACAAGCAAGCAUGGGGUUGUCAUUUUGCAGAACAAAGCAGAUGACCUCCCUCACUGGGUGUUAUCAGCUAUGAAGUGCCUCGCUUACUGGCCUAGAAACAAUGACAUGAGCCAACCAACUUACAGUGGCUUUGAACGAGAUGUCUUCAGGACAGUUGCUGAUUACUUUCUGAGUCUCUCUGAACCAUUGCUGACUUUUGAGUACUAUGAACUUUUUGUGAACAUCUUAGUUAUGUGUGGCUGCAUCACAAUUCCAGAUAGAUGCAGUGGAAAACAUUCUGUCCAAGAUGAGAAAUGUGACUCUCAACCUUCAAAAAUUCUUCACUUGAACUCUUUCAAAUCAACUGAGUGUCUUCUUCUCAGCCUGCUUCAGAAAGAGCCUGACAAAAGAAAGAAAGAGCAUGAAGCUUUCAGGGAGUCGUCGUCUUCAGGAGAGUUAAGUGUUCAAAAGCAAUGUGCCAAGAAACUGCAGCACCACAAAGUGAGAUGUGCACCAGGUAGUGUUGAGAAUCUCAUAGGAGGAAGCUGUCAGAAUCUUCCAGGUUUCAGGAAUGAACAAAAUCCAUCUCAACCAUUUAGGACCAGGUGUUACUCUUUGGAAGGGAUUGGAGAUCCUACUUCAAGUGUACAUAAUAAUGGAGAAUCUGUGUUCUCAUCCCUUUACCUGAGGGAAUCAAUGCAGGACACAAGGAAUGGAAAACAAUCACUACUGCAUGAGCAGAACACUAAGUGUGACCCGCAGCCUGGUUUUGAUAGCACAGCUCAAAACCAACUCCUUGGGAUCAGGAGAGCAUCUGCCUCAACUCUGCAGGAUAAAGAGCUGUUGGAUGAACAUCACAGAUCAAAGCAAAUAGGCAGGUCUCUGAGUUUGCUUGGCAAGAGGAAUUCCAAAAGCUGCUCUAGCAUUAAUAUGCCAGUUGCUGAAAUCACAGUAAAACCAGAACCUCACCUUUGUGGGCAAGAAAAAACAAGUCCUGGUGUGGCUACUUCAGUGGGCAACAAGACAGAGGUUUCUGCUGUCGCCAUCAAAAGGAGACUCUCCACAAGUACCACAGAACUCUCAGAGCACUCUUUCCCUCACUCCUCUUGUAUGUUGAGUGGCACACAAAAUCUCCUGCAGCCUCACUUGGAAAGGAUUGCAGUGGAAGCCCUACAGAUCUGCUGCCUGCUCCUGCCUCCACCAAGCCGCAGGAAGCUGCAGCUCCUGAUGCGCAUGAUGGCGCGGAUCAGCGGCAACGUGGACAUGCCGCGGCUGCACCACGCCCUGGGCACGCGCUCUCUGAUGAUCCAGACGUUCUCUCGCUGUGUGCUGUGCUGCUCAGAGGAAGUUGACCUGGAUGAGCUGCUUUCCACACGACUGGUUUCAUUUCUGAUGGACCACCAACAGGAAAUAUUUCAAGUCCCAACUUACCUGCAGGUCACAGUGCGAGAUCACAUCGAAUAUAUGAAGGUGACUCAGAGCAAAUGUCCAGAGGAAGAAAUCUGUGCCAUAUUGCCAACCUAUUCAUACUGCAAACAAAUAACACCUCAGGAGUUUGAAGAACAGAAGGUUUCUACCUCACAAGCUGCAGUCGCAGAGCUCUUGGAGAACAUUAUCAAGGAUAAAAACCUGUCUGUGAAAGACAAAAAGAAAAAGUUAAAGCAGUUCCAGAAGGAAUACCCUCUCAUCUAUCAGAAGAGGUUUCCUACCACUGAAAAUGAAGCCAUGCUCUUGGAGAACAAACCUACCAUCAAACCCCCCAUGCUUAGCUUGAGGAAACCAAGAUUUCGGAGCCUCAGAUACUAAUUUCACCACAUUUCAGCUGCUUGGUUCUUUGUUGGAGGAACAACCCAGUUACCAAAGGGCACUCCCAACAAAUUUGCUGGUGGCUUUGUGAGAAGAAGGAAGAAAUGUUUACAUGGGCAUUGUGUCAAGGUGCCAAAUUCACUCUUUAUGUUAUUUUGUGUGUGUGUUGCAGAGAACUUUUGGACUGAAAGAGUAAAUAUUUAUCAGUUUACAAAUUAUUCCAAUAUAUUCUACUCAGUAAAAGUGAAUCUAAACAGAAAGCUAUUAACCAAAAAUAUCUCUUGUUUUCAUGUGGGAAACUAAUCAUAUGGAAAAUAUUGGAUUUUUUUUAAUGUCUGGGCAGGAAUUUGUGCCAUUUAUUCUCUUUUUUAUAACUUUGAAAUGUUUGUCUGUGUCACUUAAGUGCCUUCUUCACCUGUUUGUCAUUUAAACAAAAUGUUUGAGUCGAGGAUUAAUUUAAAGAGUUGUUUUUGUUUGUUUCUGAAGGAGCCAGAAAUUCACCAGAAAUAAAUUAUCUGACUUCCAAAAAUA